UGGGACUCAACCGACGCUGAGGGUACACUUGAAAGCUUCUUUUUCAUUAGGGUUCUCAGCUCUUUCUUCGCUAUUUUCAGAGCCACUGAUGUAGCCAUUGCUGUGCCCACGUCGUCGGGAAGCCCGACUGCGCCCAUAGAGAGUCAGUGAUUGGUUUGCAGCUUUUGCGAAGGCUCAAUACGUUCUGUAAAUGCACCACGCCAGAUGAUCUCAAAAGUAUAUACUCCUGCUGAGCACACAAGCGAAAGAAAGUCCGCCGAACACAGCUGCACGCCAAGUCUUGCGACAGAUCUUCGCAGGGGUUCGCCGUUGUGGCGCCAGUCUAAGUGGCUAGUUUCGGGAACUCAUCGAAACCUCCUCCUGAUAAACUUAAUUGAACGAACGUCUUUGCGAACCACGAUCACACUCUUUCAAACCAACAAUGUCUUCACUCUCACUACACUCGCUACUCAUCGCAGGCGUGUGCAUCAUCUCCUCGGCCUCAGCACUUGACACUAAACUCGUCGGAACAUGGUCAACGAAAUCCGCAAAGGUUUUGACGGGAUCGGGCUUUUACAACCCCGUUAAUGAUAGUUUUAUCGAGCCGAAGCAUACUGGGAUCUCAUAUUCAUUCACGGCGGACGGGCACUACGAGUCGGCAUACUACAGAGCAAUUGCCAAUCCUGCGGAUCCAAAAUGUCCAGGCGCAAUCCUACAAUUCCAGCAUGGCACGGUUGUGGAGAACGCAGAUGGCUCUCUUGACCUGACCCCGAUCUCUGUCGAUGGCAGACAAUUACAAUCUAGUCCAUGCGAUGGCCAUACCUCGACCUACACACGCUAUAACCAGUCGGAGAAUAUGGAGAAAUACCAAGUCUACACAGACCCCUACAUGAAGCUUACCCGCCUCGACCUCUACCAAUUUAACGGCGCCCCAAUACAGCCCAUGUACCUAGCCUUCACGCCCCCAAAAAUGCUACCAACCAUUACCAUGAACCCAACAACUACUUCUGCCGGAAAGAAGGCCAAGCGGACAACUGGAGCGGAACCAGAGGUCAACCACGGGUACGAUGUGCCACUGAACAAGGACGCUAUCCACAUGAAGCGAGACUUCGAGCAACCGUUAAUUCACCGCGUGGACCUGAAUAUGGUCUGGUGGACAGGCGUAGGGCUGACGCUCUUCGGGGGCGUGGCGUAUUUGUUAUAACAUGGAUUUUGGUUUUGGUUUUCUCGCAGGUGUCUUGUAUAUUGAUUGUUCUGGUAUAGGGGUUAGACGGCAGGCACAUGUCAUUGGGGGUAUACAUUGAUUUACUUGCCUUGGAUGUGCAAUAGGAGUAUAGGAGCUGGAAUCGAUUUGGGUAUCUGCACAAACAGAAAGGCAUUGGGAGCAUUGAAGCAUUUUAGGCGUAUUAAGGGGUAUCAUUUUCGCUAGGAGCAUAAUGGUACACUCUAUGUAACACAAGGUAUCCUAGAAUAGGAUUCGUUUCUCGAGCAGUCUUCCUUCCAAGGCCUCAUCUAAAGAGUGCGAUCUACCAUAGCAACUUCCACGUGCUGUUGUCCGGCUGGAGGCGUGAAACAGCUAUCCCAAAGUCCACCCGCCCUUGCAAACGAAAGACUCUUAACCCAAGCACUCAACGUACACCUUCCCAGCGCAUCGCCACCACAAGUAUCCAGCGGCAUAACCCGAUCAUUAAUGACCACUCUCACUAACUCCUCUGCCGAACCAGUACAAGUCAUUUUCUCGAAAUACGCACGAGAGCUGAAAGGCACGAGGCGGUUGACGGCGAAACCAUGGGUUUCUUGUACUGUUUGGAGCGUGGUGUUUGAGAGGGGUGUGGUGGAGUUGAAAAGGCCCAUGGCGCUGAAGAUGGUCAUCAUGUCAUUGUCGUGGCUGAAGUCGGCGUAGAGGACUGCAUCAAGAGGGAAGGUCGUUGAGUUACCGUCUAGUGUGGAGUUUGUAGUCGUUCUAUCCACUACAGCAGACUUGGUCAUGCGUGCGAUGAGCUCGUUGGUAAACCCCACACCUUGAGUUGGGCCGAGUGGGUUUCCAAUAGAGUAGCUGUAAAACUUCCCGACGGUGGCGAGAUAAUCAUACUGUUGCCAUUCAGUAGCAGUGAAGAGGCCGCAGAAUGGAUGUAUGGUGCCAUUAUCGUUGGCGACGGUGUUGAAAGGGCACAUAUCCAUCAGGCUGACAGUGUCAUCAUCUGUCAAGUUGACACCUGGAAGGUUUUCAUUUAGACGGGCGGUGAUAGGUGGUGCGAAGACAGCUUGCCAUUUCGCUACAGCGUCGUCACCAAUAUCACUGAGGGGACCUUCCUCAAAGUUGUUGCAGAGGUCGUGGUUGAGAGUGUUGUUUUGUCCCUGAUCUUCACUAAUCUGGACUAUGUUAAAAGGCAAGCUUUCAUUGACAGUCGAGCUAGCGUCUUGUAAUCGAGCGGUGUGGAAGCCUUGAGUCCAGUUUUGAGCAGAUUCCACAACUCGAUCUUGUCCAGAUGCACGAACAAAAGGGGUGAUGCCUUGAGCAAGUGGCCUAUAUCUUUGGUAGAACUUGAUACCGGAGUUGAUAAGCUCCUGUUGCCCAAAAGUGGUGAGCUGGUCGGCUCCAAGGGUGUACUUGUAGUCCUUAAUGAAAGCAAAGCUGUCGCUAUACGACGUAGCGUUGGCGUGGAUUCGAUCAAUCAAAGCUUGAUACUUGAUAGUCUUGCCUGCCGUCGGAUCUCGAGCACCAUGGCGAGAGAGGAUUUGCGCAAAUGUGAUUUGACACUGGUCCGGGACUUCAGUAGCGAUUUCUGAAGCAACUGCAAAGUAGGGAGAACUUUGUCCCCAAAAGUGGGAGAUCUCAGGCGAACAAGUGAAGCCAUUAAGACCAUCACAUUGCGCAUUGACAUGAUGAAUAGUAUG